CUUUAAUACUGUUGCUUCGGUUUUCUCUUAGUUUAUUUGUGUUUUCUAUCAUAAACAAUGAUAAAAACUGUUUCACUUGUUGUUAUAAUUUAUCUUCUACGAUAUACAAAUUCAGAACCCGUAAGUGAACCCGAACCGAUAAAAUUAUUCGAAGUCCCAUUUCUUAAAACUCCCUGCGACGACAUCACAAGCAUAUCGACGGUUGCGUACAACAAAAAAAAUCCUAAUGGCGUGAAGAAUGUCAAGGAAAAGGACACUUGCGGUUAUAUAAGUAAUAAUAAAGAGAAAAUUGCCUUUGUCACUCAUGGUUUUACCUCAUCCCCAGACGCUGACUAUAUGCACGAAUUGGCUUCGAAGCUCGCACAGAACGAUUAUACAGUGUUUUCAGUAAACUGGACUCAAGGAUCAUGCGAUGGAAGUCUUUCAUAUUUUUUGUACAUGCAAGCAUAUGUUAAAGCAGCGAAAAACACUCAUAAAGCAGGAGAACUCCUGGCAAACUAUAUCGAACAUGUAAAUAAAACGUGCAACGUGUCACUGGACAAUAUAAUUCUUAUUGGUCAUAGUCUCGGUUCACAUGUAAGUGGCUUUGCUGCAAAAAAUAUUAAGUCACGUAAGAUCGGAACUGUGUCACGUAUCAUCGGCGCUGAUCCCGCGGGACCAAACUUUAUGUCCUUGAGUUGCGACGAAAGACUUUGCAAUACAGACGCCAAGCGCGUAACUGCUUUUCACACAACUACGCUUUUGGGAAUAAAUGAACCCAUAGGUCAUCUCAAUCUGUAUUUCAAUGACGCAUCGAAACAACCAGGAUGUGACGAUGACAUUUCUAGAGCAUGCUCACAUGCCAACGCCAUUAGAUAUUUGAGUGUACUCCUUACUUUUGACAGAAGCAAGUGCGUAUUCCCUGGUGUUCCUCAAUUAAAAAAUUUUGAUCCGAGAAAGCGCCCUACUGGUUCGACAACCAAUUGCAUAGUUGUAGACAGACAAGUGUUCAGCCAGGACAAAAUCUCACCAGGAUCAUAUACUGUAUUUGUUAAUGAAAAACCUCAGCUCUUCUGCUCACGGAAUACAUUCCCUAAGUGUCAACAAUAGAGCAGUUUGUUGUUAUUAUUUCGUUACAAUUUCUUAUGACAAUUUUGUCAUAUAUGUGGUAAAAUUUGUUAUAGCAAAAAUCUUAUGUUAUUAUUGGCAAUAAAUUGAUUUAUCACAACUUU